AUGCGCCACGCUGUGGCUCUCUUUGCCUUUCAGCUCGCGCCGCCGGCUGCCGGCUUUCCACGGCAACUCCCCAUCGGCGUUCGCCCGCCCGCCUGCUUUGCACAGGCGGCACCGCGUGCGGAAGCGUUCGCCACGUUUGGCGGCUUCGGCCUCGACCCUCGCGCGAUGCGGCGCAUGUCGGAGAUGAAGCGCGCGGACGAGCCCGUCCGCGAGGAGCUCCAGGGCCUGUGCCUGCUCGGCGCCGUGGGCGGAUCGCUGCUCCUCGCGGGGUCGGGCAACGCUUUCCUGGGCGGCGUACUCGGCUCGCAGCUCGCGCCGCUCCUCUCCACCGCCGACGGCGCUGCGGGGGAGCGAAGCCGCGCGGCCGGCUGGGAGGCCUGGGCGGCCUUCCUUGCGGCGCGCGCGCGGGCGGUGCGCGCGUGGAGAGCCGCCGACGCACGGUACGAUCUGAGCGGCCGGUGGCGGCGCCUCGACCUCCCGCGCCGCGCGAGACGGUUUGACGCGCGCUUCGACUGCAGCGGCAAGGCGAGCGCAGCCGGCCGGCGGGCGGUCGAGCUGGGCAGGUCGCUGCUUGCGCUUCUCGAGCGGCGCGGGGUGACUGGCAAGGUGAGGAGUCUGUGGCAGAGGCGACAGACCGGCCUGCCCGCGAGGUGGAGGGAGUUUGAGCAGGAGCAGCUGCUGCGCGCCCGGAUGCGGCAGUUGCGCGACCAGGAGGGGGGCGGGUUCUAGCCACGGGCAGCGGCGGCUCGAGAAGGGUGGAC